ACUCUCCUUGCUUGGAAAUUCGCGUACCAGUUACAAGUAGUAUUGUACCUGUUUGUUUUUCCAGCACGCGCACCGAAAUGUGAUGAUGAGACUGAACUUACAACUUACCGAUGCGGUACCUUGCUCCAUCUCUCUCUUUGGUCUCAUUGGAGUUGCCUUUCGUGGUAUAUGAAUUUGGAAUCUACCUUUGAAAGAUCGAUGCAAGAUCUUUUGGUUUGUUACUGGGAGUAAUGUUCCUAGGAAGUGGUCUAAUAUGGAGGCGGUUGCUUUCUUUUCUUGGAAGGCAUAUAGAACCAUCAAAGCCUCCCUCGAUCUUGAAGAGGGCAUUUCCUUUCAAUGGAAGAGUAGAUGCACCAAAUAACCAGAAAACGUAAUCUUUCAU